GUCGCGUGCUUCCUUUUUUUCUCGACUUGUGAAUUAGUUAUAGUUGUAUCACCACCUCAGUUGGUUCCUGAACGUUUGCCACGUGCUUGCAGAGUUGCCGCCCACGCGCGCCUUACCGAGACAUAAUUUUCCCCGCCGUUUAAAUGCCCGCCGCUACUGACCACUUAUUACCUAAGACCUCAAGCAUGUCGUCCUAUGGGGAGACGCGCCGCUCACUUGGCAACAUUUGCAUCUGGAUACUCGUGGCUCAGAGAUGAAUAUCCAAAUGAUCCACCAGCAAACAAAGCAGAAAAGCAGUUCGUGCCUUGUGUCGAAGAGGUUGAAACCGAGAUGCGGCCGACCGCGCAUCCCGGGUUGUGGUUCGUUUCCUCGACAAAGUAUCGGUGAGGUCUUGAUCAUGUCUACUCUCCAAAUCAGGGUGCCAAGGUCAUUUUUUUGCAAGACAACGUGUCUUUGAGACUUGAUUUCUGUCAAUGAUCUCUAUCUUUUUCUCGGCCCUCCAAGGGGAAUGGCUGUGAUGGCUCACAAGUCCAUUUCCUCAUGCUCACGUCUAGUCAAUCUCUUGACCAUCUUUGGCCACCUUGGGUCCAGAUGGCACACAAGGAAGGGACGCCUUCCUCGGCCGGAAACUGGAGGUGCGAUACUAUAUAAAUGAGCUUGUGUAAUCUGUCGUGCCAGCAUCCAAAUGUUGGGAUACAGUAAAUCAGGCUCGAUCAGUCUUUGACAUUUGCUUUGUGCUUUCUCCUGCCUCCCUGAUACACAAGUCUAGACUCUUGUCUCGCCCCCCAUUGUUUAGUGCCCAAAUCUCCGUCAAACGCCCACCCACCACGGUCAAGAUGCGUGUUCUCUCCCUCGGCGUUCUUGUCUCCCUCCUCUCCAGUUCCGUGUCGGCAUGGAACGCUCCCACCUACUCGGACCUUCGCCUGGUCUGGCAGGAUGCCUUUGCUGGCACUCUGGGCUCGGCUCCAGACGCCGGUCGGUGGAACUACAUCACAAACAUCAACGUCAACAACGAGCUGCAGCGCUACACGACGGACUCGCGUAACCGUCAGCUCUCUGGCGGCGAGACGCUGCAGAUCGUGCCCUGGCACACCAACAACGAGUGGACGUCGGGCCGCAUCGAGUCCAAGUACACCUUUACGCCGGCGUACGGGACCGUCACGGUCGGCGAGGCCCGCAUCCGCUUCGGCGACAACCCCAUCAGCCAGAAGAAGGGCAUCUGGCCCGCCUUUUGGCUUCUCGGAGACUCGCUCCGCUCAGGGACCCCCUGGCCGCAGUGCGGCGAGAUCGACAUAUUGGAGACGGUCAACGGCGCCCUGACGGGUUACGGGACCGUCCACUGCGACGUGUACCCGGGCGGCAUCUGCAACGAGCCGAGCGGGCUGGCCGGCACCACGGGCAUUCCGGACCAGGGCUGGCACACGUGGCGCGUGCAGUUUGACCGUCGUGCCGGUUCGUGGCGUGACGAGACCAUCACGUGGUUCCUCGACGGCCAGCAGUUUUCCCAGCUCAACGGGGCUAGGAUCGGCAACGAGGGGGUGUGGAAUUCCCUGUGCCACUCGCCACUGUAUUUUAUUCUGAACUUGGCCGUUGGAGGCACCUUUCCCGGCAACCCUGACGGAAACACUCUUGAUGGCUAUGGCAGCAUGAUGGAGGUUGGCUAUGUUGCUCACUACGUUGGAAUCUAAUUUCAGCCCAGCUCUCGCGCUUAUUUGGGAUUCCGGGUAAUUACGACGUAUUAAAGCUGGCAUGCAUUCAGGACUUCCCCACAGCCCAGUAUCCGUCAAUUAUCUGAGUAUCAAUCCUGGAUUGGAUUGAUCCCAUCAUCACCACUGCGCCCGCCAGGUGGUGCGACAAGAAUUUGAGCAUAUACCCCUUUUUUUCUGUUUUCCUCUCUCUUUUUUUUUGGUCCGAGAUGGGUUUCUGCCAAAACACUUGGCAAACUACGUCGUACUGUCAACACACUGGCAGGAAAUGCCAGCUUGGAAUCUAUCUUUUUUAGCCGCCAAGAGGCUGGCUGUUCGGCCCAAGUUUAUACUUAGCUAUCACUAUACCCUUUACGAACUAAAUAGCACUGCAAGACUUUAUUGAUGCUUUGGCGGGACAAGUAGGUCCAAGUCUUGUUUUUAUCAGAUUAUUUCUACGUCUAGGC